AUUGUACACGUUUUUUCCCCCUCAUACAGUAUUCUGGAGUUUCAUAAGUCCAUGCUUCUGUGGAAUUAUUUUGUUUAGUAGCAAUCGGCCUUAAUUUUAUUUUCAAAAGUAUCUGAAUGAUAAAAUCUGGAGAAUUUCCGUAGCAGUUUUUGUAUAGCCUAGCCAGCUGUGAAAUCGACCACGCAGCUUUUGCUGUCAACAAGCGCACAUUGUUGUGCGAGAUUAUUUCUUGGAUCCGUAAUCUGUAUCAUUGUUUCAUUAUGACAGAAUGGAAUGAUUGGAAUACCGAGUGGGAAGAGCCUGUCACAGUGGUCCCUGGGAAAUCCCAGCAGCCCUCGCGCUCGUCGAGUCGCGUGGAAGUCGUCGCGUCUCCUGGCGCAGAGGAACCCAGCUGGGGCGACGAAUGGAGUAGCAACUGGGAUACUUCCAACAGUUCUCGACCCAGUCCGAAGACCAAGCCAUCCGGAAGCUCAAAGAGCGCGCCGCGACUAGCCAAAAAAGGCCCUGCCAAUGUUCGUUCUGCGCGAACUGCCACAGGCAGUGCCACUCCACAGAACGGUGUAAAUGUGACUCCUUCCAUAUCCAGGGAAAGUGUUGCUCCGUCCGCAUCCGACACAGAAUGGAUUCAUAUCCGUCACAGUGAUGCUCCCACUGUUGUGCAUUCCGCGCCGGAAAUACUCAAAGACGAAACAAAUAACGACCACCACAGCCGUUCGCAACAGUUCGAAUUUGAUACUCCCGAUGUUUGGAGUGAUCUUGGAUUGGCUGAGCAUGCGCCAGUUCGGGAAAUCCAAAAUCAAAAUGCCCAUGAAACCACCACUGCUGUUGUGGUGGAUUCUGAACCGGACGAUCACGAAAUGUUGCAACAGCAGCAUGCAGCACUGGAAUUACAACGCCGGCAGGACGAAGAAAAAUUACAGCGCCAGCUAGCUUCCGAAGAACAAAGGCGACAGAUGGAGCUAGAACGUGCAGCUGCCGAAGAAGCCGAACGGCUCGCUGUGGAAGCUGCCGAGAACGAACGUCGGCGAAAAAAGGAAGAAGAAAAAUUGCGUCAACAAGCACUGCACAAACAGCAGGAAAGGUUGCGACAAGAGCAUGAGGAAAGAAUGGCGGUGGAACAACAACGAAUUGAGCAAGAGCACCUUGCUGAACAGGAAAGAUUGCGCCAGGAGGAACAGGAAAGGUUACGGCAAGAGCAGCUCCGUAUGGAAUGGGAACGGGCUGAACAGGAACGACUCCGUCAAGAACGGCUCCUCGCUGAGCAGGAUCGCUUGCGGAAGGAAGCGGAAAGAGAACGGUUGCAUCAGGAGCAGUUGCGGGUCGAGCUGGAGCAGCGCCGUCAAGCAGAAGAACGGGAGCGGUUGCAUAUCGAAGAGGAACGACGUAUUGCGGAGCGGAUGCGCGAGGAGCAGCGGCGGCAGGCUGAAGAAGAAGAGAAGCGUCAUGUGGAAGAGCUGGCCCAGCUGGAGCGAGAAAGAAAAGCAGCCGAAGAAGUGUACCGGGAAGAGCAGAAACGGAAACAGGAGGAGGAAGAGCGAAAGCGGUUGGAAGAAGAACAAGAGCGUACCCAACGCGAAGAGCAAGAAGAACGAGAGCGGGCCGAACAGCGCGCGCUUAUCAAACUGGAAGAGGAGCGGCAGCGGAGACUGCAGCAGGCGGAAGCGGAUCGCCUGGAACAGGAGCGGCAGGCAGAAUUGUUUCGUCGGGCAGAGCGAAGACGCCAGUCAGAAGAAGCACGGAUAGAACGGGAUCGACUGGAAUUAAUGGCGGAAAAUACUUUCCAAGAAUCGAAAAAACACAUAUCCGGUUUUUUAAUGACAGAAUCGACCAGUCAAGAUUUGAUGAAUUCUUUGGAGAGAGACUUGGGAGAAGAACAGGAAAGUAAUUUAAGGUAUAAAGAGAAUGUGGCACAUGUUGAUGAUAAUGUGUUGGCGCCGCCCGUUUCUGUUCUGAGUGCUCCGGCGUGGGAUGCCAUUCCAACUGCUGAUGAUUUCGAUGGAAACUGGGAUAGUGAACUGAUGAAUGUGGGCAGCCCUGAAGGUAGCCAACAGCAGGGUCUUGAUAUGGAUGGCUGGGAUGAAAACUAUGGCAGUGAGGGAACGAUUUUGAAUGCCGAACCUGUUGAUGUGGACAAAACACCAAACACGCUGGCAGCAGUUGAAAAUAGGGAAGACAACGUUCUGCUGAACACUGAAGAAGAAGUUUUACUGUCGGAGUCUGUUGCUCAGAUGGUUGAUGGAAUAGUUGACGGAACUCAGUCUGAGCCGCAAUCUUCGCAAGAGCCUUCAAUGACAUCCUCCCGUCAGAGUGGCCGGUUGUCGAUUGGUUCUCUGAGCGCCGAGCCGGCUCUGUCGACUGAUCCGCGAUCGUCCACAUUCAUUCAUUCCCACAUUAUACCUUCGACUAGUUCUCCGAAAUCUAAACGCAGCCACGAUUUGUCGUUAUCCUUAUCCCCGCUGUAUUCAGACAGGGCUUCGGACGAUGAACACCCAAACGGCCGCUUAGCUGCGGAUCACCGAGACGCAGAUGUUAGUGGAAGUUCUCUGUACGACGGAUCGGACAGUUUUUCGAAGGAUCCAGUAGACAACCGAAAGAGAUAUUUGUCUGGGGAUUAUUCAGACUAUUCCGAAAACGACCAUCACAAUGAUCGAUACUCCAGUCGUACCUCCGAGUCGGAAUACGACGACCCUGAUCACGGUGGACGUCGUUAUUCCCCAUCUGACAACCGCUCCUCCUCAUAUCGCGAUGAAAUUCGCAGUGACGUAUCGGGAGAGACUGUUAACAGUGCGGGUACCAGUUGGACAGUCACUGAUCCUUCGGAACGCAUCCUGCGCGCGUUCGGUGUCGUGCCGCCGCCGCAGUCAUCGUUUUCCACGUCGAUGUAUUCCACAAUGAUGUAUCCAUACAAUUAUGGUGCUCAGGCCAAUAUGUUCCAUUCCAUUCCACCAUCACAGCCAACUUUUUAUCCUGCUGUCACUCCGACUGCCCACAUGACUGUCGCUGGUGCAUUUGAUGUGCGCAAACACCUUUAUCCACACAGUGUCGGGACAACCAGCUAUUCCGAUGUCGUGCAAGUAAAUAAUCUGGAUAAUACGAAAUACUUGGAAACAGUUGGCGCCAGGAGAGAUCGAAUGCGACCUGAUGUAAUUAAAUUCCCUCACAACCUGUCCGUUAACGCAGUAACCGAUGAUAGACUGGUUAUUUUCUGCCGUUACAUGGGCGACACUGUGAACGAAGCAGGAUAUUUGGACGUGAAUAAACGCGAAGAAGGUUUACUAUGGAGUUUGUUGUCCCUCCUCAUUCGACACGGAAACAGCGUGCGAAACUUUGCGAUAUCAGAAAUCUUAAUGACGUCUUCGAGAGAUCCGAGUUUAACGCUGAGCUCUGCGUCAUUAAUGAAUGGAUCCCUAAUUGAAAAUUACCCAGGCGAGAAGCGAUUGAUAACAGUAAGAAAGAGUCUGGCAGCAGGGCUUAUCCCACGAGCAUGUAAGGCGGCGGAGGAAUUGGGACGGACACCUUUAGCGUUUAUGCUUUUGUCUUUGCCGUCCGUGAUCAAAACGAAUAAUAAAGUGGCCUUGGCUGGAUUUUUGCGGUAUAUUGAGCACACUUUAUCUCCGAUGGAUCCGAUCUAUUCUGCGUGCGCGCUUAUGUGCGGGGGAGGUCCAAAAUUGGCAGAAUGUGUUAAGAAUUGGACUUCCCACGUGGCUUUGGUUAUUGGUUGUGGCGCAUUCAUAGCUAGUACCGUGAAGACGAAGUUUCUGUUAAAUCUAGCAGAAACGAUGGGCGCGGGUGGUCGUCCGGUUGCACGGGAUGUGUUGUAUUUGCUUUCUCGUCCGGGUAGCAGAAUUCGAACGGGCAAGGAACUGAAACUGAUCGGAACGGACAUUGACGGCACACAGUUUGACGGUAGAAUUGAUGCUUUUAUCGAUAAGCUUCACAUGACGGAAGCAUUCAUAUACGUGGCCAAUAAGUUGCAGUCUGGUGGAGUUCAUGCGCUGGCUACCGGGUUUCAGCUAAGUUAUCUGCAGUUUUUGUUGGACCGACAACUUGACACUGUAGCGGCAGAGUACAUGGUGUACAUCGGAAAAAAUUAUUUGAACACGACUAAUCCGGAGUGUGAACUCACCCUAACUUUAUUUGCCACUGUUCUUUCCAAUCGGCACCUGCUCGGAUCCGACCCACAGGGGAUUGUCGCCAGCAUUCGUGCCAUGGCAGACCAAACCAUAACCACGAUGCAGGAGCAGCUUCGGCUUCAGCGCGAAGAGGAAGAAAAACGUUUGCGGGCUGAGCGGCUAAAAACAGAGGAAGCUGCUAGACUGCAAAACGACCGGAUUAUGCGCGAAAUUGAUCAGCGUGCAAGGGAUGAGGAAGACGCCAGAAUUGCGGCUUACGAAGAAGCCCAGCGUAUUCAGAUCGAAGAACAGCGGUUAGCAGAACAGCAGGAAUUUUUGAUGGCGGAAGCUGAACGUCUGGAAGAGUUGCGGCUGGAGGAAGAAUUUUGUGCAGAGAUCAGUGAGCGGGAGCGAGCAAAGUCAUCCAGAAGGGACGAAGCUGAACGAAUUAUGUUCACAACUGAUUCGCCUGUUGCAGAGUUGCAUGUACUAGAACCGGCCUCCGAAGUCCAGCCGCAAACCGCUCCACCUCUGUUUUUCUCUACUGAAUCUACACCUCAUGUUGCCCCUGGAUUACCGUUUUUUGGUUUUACGGAUAGGGUUGUGCGAGAUUCAGCUCAUGACAGCGAGACGUCCGCUCGCACAGAUCAAAAGCAGGUUAUAGAGGAUGAUGAAGAGCACCUUAGUUUUUUCCACCUACCCCAGAAGAAGCUUGUCGAUGAGGAAGAAACUGCUCGUAAUCUAGAAGCCUCUUCACAUCAGCCGGCUUUCAUACCCACAGUAGUGGAAUCUCCUGGGACGCCUGUUAAGUUUGAUAGUUCUUAUUCUGAGAGCGAUGCAACUGGCGGCGCCCCUUUUAUUCCCUUAUAUUCCAUGGAACAAAAUGGCGGUACCGGAACGACACAAUUUGACAACUACCUGAUCAUGAAUGACACAUCGGUACCCCGUACGGAAAAUGCAAAACUUUCUGAAGUUGAGGAGAAAAUUGUGGACGACCAGCAGCCAACUCUGCCCACUGGUGAUCCAUCACAGUAUUACCACUUAAACUUUGCGGGCGAUGUUGAAGGCGCUUCGGUAGAAAGCGAUUUCGCCAGAGGGGAGAAUGCCGAGCAGGAGUCAGCAGCCCAUGCGGACCAGAACAUCCUCUACGAUCAAACAACGUCACAGUAUUAUAACUAUGCAACAGGAUAUCCUCCCGGUGAACUGUCCGCUUCCGACUAUCAGGCGUACUGGAAUCCGGAGUAUUAUGCCUCACAAGAAGGAGCUGUAGUGUCAACGGAUGCGUACCAGCCGGUCAGUUACAAUGUCGAUCAAACCAAUUAUCGUCAUAGCCCCGUUCAGUCAGCUGACAUAAAUUCCGGUUGGACAACUGAGCAAGGAAUCGCACAAGCGACUGAAACUUUAACCACAAAUAAAAUCGCUCAGGCUGAACACGAUAAAUCUGUCGUGGAGAACUCUUCGAACUACUGGGGAGCGAAUGUUUCCCACAGUGCACAGUCUUAUUCUAACCAGCCAUGGGCAGCACCGCCGUCUUCGAUACCGCCACCAUUCUUUGGCAGCGCACCGGAAGUGCCUUCUGAAAGCGAUGAAGAAGCAACAACGCAGCAACAGACGGCGCCGUACGGUUAUCCGCCUUAUUCCGCACCGUUUCCUUCAUCUCUGCCGUCCCAGCCACCGUCAGCUUUGCAAAGACCGCCGCAACCAGUAGUACAAGGACCUCCGCCAGCUACUGCUCCGCCUGCGCCACCUGAAAGCAAGAAAACUGGGAUGUUGGGGCGGUUUACGGGGUUGUUCAGGAAGUCGCAAGAUGCCGGGACACCGCCAGCUGCGACGCCCGCUGUGGGUGGGGCAGUUUCGGGACCUGGGUCUGUGCCGAUGUUUUCACCGACCGCAUCGUUCGGGACGCCUUUUAAUGCACCGACUGGACCGGGAAACGCCCCAGCCGGAUACCCCGGUUUACACCGACGUCGGCUGGCGGAUCGGGGCUAACAGGACAAAAUGGAUGGUCUGAUAUAUCGCUGAAUAAUUCCCACACAUCGACACCGCCCAUGUACAGUGUGGCACCGAAUUCCCAAGCUCCUGCUCCCUAUUGGCAUGCAAGCUAUCCUACAACUAUGAAUU